AUGGACAACCUGACAUUUACAAACAGCAUUCUCCUCGUCGAGGGACUGAAAGUCACACCUCAGUCAUCACAACCUGUUUUCAUCAUGUUUCUCUUGGCUUAUGUCUUUGCAAUGAUAACAAAUGCUGGACUUAUAUUUCUGAUAUCAACAGACAAGAAUCUGCAUGAGCCUAUGCAUUUUCUGUUCUGUAACUUGCCACUGAAUGAUAUAAUUGGGACCACAGUUGUUAUGCCACGUUUACUUCAGGAUAUUUUAAGGGAAACUUCUGAACGUUUUAUAUCAUAUGUGGAAUGUGUUGUUCAAGCUUAUUUUGUGCAUAUAUUUACCGUAGCAUGUCACUAUGUACUGAUGAUCAUGGCCUUUGACAGAUAUGUAGCUAUAUGUAAUCCUCUGAGAUAUACAGCUAUAAUGACCAAUAAAAUGGUUAUUGUACUCUCAGCAAUUGCUUGGAGCUUGGCCAUUCUUUUGGUGACGAUUAUGUUAGGCCUCACAAUACGUCUGUCACAUUGUAGGUAUAAAAUUGAAAACCCUUUCUGUGACAAUGCCUCAUUGUUUAAACUGUCCUGUGAAAAUGUGUCAAUUAAUAAUGUUUUUGGACUUGUUUAUACUGUGGUUGUAUUCAUUAUGUCAGCAUUAUCUAUAUUUGUAACAUAUGUCAAAAUUGCUACUGUAUGUGUAACCAGCAAGAACAAAGCCCUCAACAGCAAAGCCAUAAAAACCUGCAGCACUCAUUUAGCUGUUUACUUAAUCAUGUUAAUUUCUGGAGCCACUUUUAUUUUCCUUCACCGUUUUCCUGAAUACUCUGACAACAGGAAACUAGCUAGUAUAAUGUUUCAUGUUGUACCACCAGGAUUAAAUCCUUUAGUAUAUGGUUUACAAAACAAAGAGAUUAGACAAAAGGUUGUGAAAUUAUGGAGUAGAAAGAAGUGA